AGAGGAAAAGAAGCGUGAUGGGCAAGAGUUCACAGAGGAAGCAACGUGACUGUGUAAACCAAUGCAAAUCAAAGCCUGGCUUGAACACCUCAAUCCCUCUGAGAAUGUCCAAUUACACAUUCAAGAGUCCAGUUACGAGAAUUACACCCCAUCCUGGCAAUGAGGUCAGAUACCAUCAAUGGGAGGAGAGCUUGGAGAAGCCUCAGCAGGUCUGCUGGCAGAAGAGACUGCAAGGACUGCAGGCUUACAGCAGCGCAGGGGAACUUUUAAGCACUUUGGAUCUUGCCAAUACUUUGCAAAAACUUGUCCCUAGUUACACAGGUGGAUCUCUGCUGGGGGAUCUUGCCGGUGGUCUGGAGCACUCCUGCCCCAUGCCCCACCUUGCCUGCUCUUCAGAUGUGGUGGAGAUAAUUCCCAGAGAGGGAGUGGGUAUCUCGCAGCUCCUCUGCCAACAAUUUCUGGUCACCGAGGAAGAUAUCAGGAAACAGGAAUGGAAAGUGAAGACAGUCAGAGAGCGACUCGCAAUAGCAUUGAUUGCGGAUGGACUCGCUAAUGAGGCGGAGAAAGUGAGAGGCCAAGAAGGCUGUCCUGAAAAAAGCUAUGAAAAAAAGAGAAGAUAGUGCAGAUGAAAUAAAGCGUAAUCCUUUAUUAA